AUGCAAAGGAAUAAAAAGGGUAAAGAGGCCCUCACAAUUGCGGUUGAACGUUCCGUGACUCCAAGGACAAUAAUGGAUCAACUAAAUGAAUCGCUCAAGACACUUUCUGACGUCGAAUCCGUAGCUAAGGCAAGGUACUCCCAUUUAAAUGCUGGUUCGUUGGAUCUGAAGGGGGAUGGCUAUGUCGGCACACCUAUUUUAACACCAAGGCAAAUGUGCAUACUGCGACAGGAAGAUGGAAACUGUGGGGUGCCGGAAGAUAAAGUAGUAGCGAUAACUGACUGCGAGGGGGAAGCGCUCGCCAUCGGUGAAGAGACCUUUGACUUGAAUGAAAGCCUUGACACACCAACUUGUUCGGAUGUGGCCUCAAAAGACGUUCCUAUUCCGGGGCGGUCGCCACCAGUCAUUCAGUCGACUGAGGAGAGUCACCGCCUACAGAAGCAGAAGGCGGUGGAAGUGGAGAGCGCGCUGAGAGACUGUGAGAAGCGCCUCCGUGAUGAGUACGAGGUGAAGCUGGAGAAGAACUACCGUCUGAUUGAUGAGCUCAUUGCGGAAAAGAAGGCACUGACAGAACAAUGUGACAAGUUGGUUGCCAGCAUGCGCCAGAUCUCCGAAAAGGCGCUAGCCAAGCAAAAGCUCCUGGAGGAGAAUCAUAAAGUGGAGCUGAAAAAGGUUGAAGCAAAAGCGGCUGCGGCAGAGAAGAUAAAACGCGAGCGGUGGGAGGCAGCGAAAACAAAGGCUAUCAAGGAGCUGACUAUGAAGGGCGUGGAGCGCGAGAUUCAGCGUCUGAUGCUGAACCACAAAGAGGAGCUGGAGGAGAUGAAACGCCUCUACAAGGAGGACUUGGAAGCGGCGGAUGCUCGAGCUUUCGAAAGCUACUCACAGAAGCUGGAGGAAUUGCGCUCGAGGUUCAGCAGAGAACGAGAGGAGAUCUGCCUUCAGGAGAGAAAACUGGCAGACGGUGACUUAGUCACCCCCACCGAAACUCCACGUGACGUCUGGGCUAACAGAAACUGGGUUGCUAAUGCCAUCGCCCGUUUGGCGGGCUUUAUCAGCUCUUUUCAGUGCAUCAAAUUCAUUCCUAAGAAUGCUGCCUUCAACCUCAGGUACGAUGCCCUAAUGGCAGAGGAGCGACGAGUUUGGGAUGGGCUAAGGAAGAAGUUGCUGAAGGAUGCAUCCGAGGAGAAGGAUCGCCUGAUAACCCUGAUGACUCGAGAACGUACUGAAUUGGAGGAAAAAAUCAACCAGCUAAAUACUGCCCUCUCUGAGGCCAAUCAGCGGAGUCUUCACGAAGUGGCGCGGGUCAAAAAGGCGCUAGAAAGUGAAUACGCGUUACAACUAGAAAAGCUGCAGUCUCAACUGGAGAGUGACAAAAAGGGUGUUGAAGAGACGGUGCGUACCCAACUUAAGUCGGAUUUUCAGGAGCGUGAACGCGAAAUUAUUGAGAGGCUACGGAAGGAGCGAGAUCGGCAGCUGGAGGCUGUUGUCCAGCGACUGGAGGCGGAAGCGACUCUCUCACGUGAGGAGGCUGAAAGCAGUGCUCAGGAGAGAAUAAAAAGAAUGAAAGAAAAACACCAAAAGGAUAUCGACGACCUAGAAGCAGCUGAACGGCAAGCAAACGAGAAGUACAACCAGCUCCGGGCCCGAUGUCUGGAGCUGGAAGGGGAGGUGAACUGUCAGAAGGUGCGUCUCGCUCAAGUGGAGGAGGAGGCACGACAGACACGGGCGACAAAUGAGCGUCUGAUGGGUGAACGUGAACAACUCAGAGAGGUUGUGGCCCGCGAGGUGGCAGAGGAGAUAGCCGCUGCAGGGGCCAAGGCGGGUCAAGCACAGCGUGAAUUAGCUGAGGUCCGAGCACAGGCCAGCGCCGAAGUCGCCCGGCUCCAGGCAGAGUUAACGGCCGCCAAGCUAGAUGCAGCCGACGAAUUGGAGUCCGUUCACCAGAGAAUCAAGGAGGCCAUCGUAAAGAAAGACGAGAACAUAAAGGAGCUGGUGCGACGACACGAGAAGCAGGGCACGGAGCAUCGACGAGGAAGACCGUCACUGCCCUCCCGCGAGGAGUUUCAGGAGAGGGUCAGGAGUGGGAAGUGCCGCACCCACCAGGAUGCGGGCUGCCUCCUUGCGUCGACGUUGAUUCCCAAGCAGCAAAAACGCACUAUUCGUUGUCACUACACUGUUGACGAUGAUUUGAUCAGUGACAACACACUGUAG